AUGGUCUCUGAGAACUGGAGAGAUGACGAUGGCCGCCCGUUGAUGAUGGACACGAACAACGAAGACGAAUUUCUUGCCGCAAAGUACCACGACCCCAGAAAUGAAGAAUAUCUACUCAAGUUGGGUGUCAGGGUCACGAGUGACGGAGUCUUCCGUAAUCAGCUGAUCAGCCUCCUCCAGAGCCGGCCACGGUCGUUCCUGGAGAAGAAAUCCAACGCGUGGCAUGCCAGUCUUGCACGUAUCAUAUGUGAGAUGUAUCGAUCCUCGACAGACUAUCGCUACUCGCCGAUAUCUGAUCUACCAAUUUCCCCCCUGAGAGGAGGAGAAUGGGUUUCCCCGCAGUGGUGCGGUCGAAAAUCUUACUUCCUAAGCAGCUCUGGAUUGGCCAUACCUGAAGGUAUCACGAUAUUGAUGGUGGACGACAAAGCCGCUGCUGAUCCUGACCGGCGGAAGCUUUACCAACUGCUUGGUGUCCCAGUGCUCACGAAGGACUGCAUCAAGGAGGCCAUAGUCAACACACACGGCGACCGAGGUUUCGACCCCAACAACCUAACCCCGACGGUGCUUGUAUUGCACGCUGAAUUUAUACACAACAACGGUGGAUGGGAGGAGAGUCUGGGUGAUCAUCUGUGGGUGGCGACAUACUUGGGCCACUGCCGCAAAGGAAAUAACACGUAUCGGCCUGACGAUGAUGACCCGUAUUCCGCCAGUCGCAUGCUACCAAGGGAACCCAAGCAGACCACCUGGAUCAACUUCCUCUACAGCAGUCUCGUACCCGAGUCAAAAAUGGCUUAUAUGCUGAGAGAUCGGUUGCAAGUCUACGAGGAUUGUGUCGGAAAUGAGAAGUUGGCUGAGGCUAUCGGUUUCGCCCGGGUCCAGUGCACGAGGAGCAUUACAAGGGAACAGAUACGGCAUAUCUAUGCCCCCCUUGACCACCUCACAAACGACUUCGGGCCCGUGGCGCCGUUUAUCGACAUUCCAGAGCCGGAGGAUCCCGGGUGGAAGCCGUUGCUGAAGCUUCUAGGGGUGAAGGUGGAGGCUGAUUUUGACUUGUACCUCGCCUCCUUGAGACAUGCAAAGAACACAGGUAAUGGUGGCGUGGAGUUGAUUCGACGUUUGAUGCACGAACUUGAAGAACACGGCAACUCAUCUAGCCUGGUUAACCCCUUUCGGAAGGACAAGCUGAUCCUAGUCCCACCCAAGACAGAGGGCGGCGAGCGAGGAUGGUCCGUGGGCCUCGAGAGGCUUUAUCCAGAUCUCGAGACCUUCUUCCGCGACCAUCUCAAUGUGAGGAACGCCGGCAUUGAUCAUCUGAUCAUGGAAGCAGCCGCAGUCCCUACACUGCCUCAGCCGGCUUUGCCUCGCAUCCAACGACUGUUUCUGGCUCUGGAAUAUCACGUCAAAGCCCACGGUCUGAGCGAAGACCAGAAGAAGGCGCUUCUAAGUACCAAGAUGUUUCCCACCACUAGCACUGCCACGGACGAGACCUACGAGUACUUGAGCUCUGCCACAGUCAACGAUCAUUGGUUGAUUGCCGACAGGAGCUAUUUCAGGGAACCGUUUCAGUCCCUCAUUUCCGUCCUUGCGUUCGGAGCCGAGUUCAUUUUGAAGAUCAUGCAUUUGCUGGUCAAGUUGGGCUUGAAGAACAGGUUUCUCAGCGAUCUGGCUGUGAGCACCACCGAGGCACACGGAAACACGCAUCUUAACGAGAAUCUUUCCCAUAGCUACAGGUCUCGCGGCAAGUAUUUGUUCAGACUCAUGGGAGAAGGUGUAGAUAACAAGCAGGAGUUACGCUGCUGUUUCAGCCAAGUCCAGGUCUUCAUCUCCAAUAGAGUAGUGCAGAGCUGGCGAGCAACUCUCAACAUGCAACAGGUUGACAGCUCCUUCUCCGAGGGCACAGCCUUCCUGGAGUGCGACUAUGCCGGGGAUCUUCGCAUAUAUCUGCGCUCGGGGUACGAGAAGGAGGCGCAUCCUUGUGAGCUGGCGGAGCAGCUGAGGAAUUUCUUCAACAUAUCGAUCGAGUACACAGAGAUCUGGGGCAUUGUUUCGUUCCAGGAAGACUCCACUGAGUCGGGCGAGCUUGACGGCGAAGAAGGCGAGCACAGGCCCGUCAAGAAUCCGGCACUGAGCAAGAAGAGUCGCCUUGGACUCACCGAUGGCUCAAGGCUCAACCGCCUGCUCAGCCACGCCAGAUUUAGCCCAUCAUUCUUCAAGCAGGCCGACAACGCAAGUAACUCUUUGCCAACAUACGAUGUAGCUGUUGAUCGUGCCGCACAAAACGCCCUUGGACGACCAGUAGAGCUUCGAACAUUUGCUGGCGCCAUGACCUUGCCCUCGGUGAAGGGGGCGUUGAGAGAUCUGGAAUUUACUCAGAAGACCGGUGCGGUAAUCGGCACUCCCGCCGGGCCAACUCAGAUGCUGGAUCGUGUAUUUGGACUCGCAAAGCGUGACUCUGAGGUUGGAGAGGCUAUUGCUCGCAAGAAUUCGGUCCACAGCGAACCCCAUCCCGACGAAGCCGCCCCAUCCAAAGACGUCUCAGUCCUGGUGCACAUCUCGGACGUCCGCAAGAAACCAAAGAUCCAGUUCCUCACCGACCCGUGGGACCUGUUCGAAGACGGCCAGCUGAUUCUGGGGAAUGCCUGA